AUGACGUUGACAUUGCCUAAUAUACAUGAGUAUACAGCUGUUCAUGGGCUAAUGAGACUACUACAGCACCAAAACAAUUACCCAGACCCUGGAUCCGGUGCACACGUGUUAUCAGCACAAGCCAGAAACCUUUUAGGCCCCAAUAUACCAGAUGUGAUGGUUGGUUACACGGUUGCAAUGCAAUAUAACCUAUUUGGUGACUACCCAUUUACCAAGGAUAUAGCUCCGUCGGCUGUCUUUACUGCAUUGUUUGGACUUGUCUUGGUGGCACACCUCACCAUUUUCACCAUCAAUUACUCCCGUGGCCACUAUUUUUGGCCCCAGAUUGGCUUUAUCGUUUACGCUAUUUGCAGGCUAUUAGGUUUUGCUUUGAGAAUAGCAUGGUCUCACGACUUGAGUAAUACGGGUAUUGGUGUUACCGGUGAAGUAUUUUUGAUUCUCCCAACUGUAUUGCUUCCCAGCUAUAAUUUAAUAUUGGCGCAACGUAUAUUCACGUGGAGACAUCCAGUAGGAGGCUCACGCAGACUAUUCUGGAACCUUAUGUUGACGUUGUACGCAGUUGUUGCCGGUGUAGUUGCCAUGACCAUUGUUGCUUCGACUUGUAUGAAUAUAUACUUGUUGGGAGCACCAAACUUUCAAAGGUAUAUUCACGUUAUUCAGGCCUCAUCGAUUUUGAUUAUUACCUACUCGUUAACGGCUGUUGCUUUGAUUGCGUUGGCAUUUUUCUUCAAGCCAACCAGAAAGGAUGAGAAUUUGUGCACCUACCAACCAUGGUGGAUCGAAUCGUUCUCGCCUUUUUACUUUGUACGCAAGGGUGAGCCACAAGAGGCAGCAAUGAGUUUCUUGAAGAGGAAUCACAACCACCGUUUUGCCAUUAGAGUCAUUGCAGCAACACACCAUCAUUACAAAAUGGUUAAGGGCCUUACGACUGAGCGUGGAGACUUGACGCAUAACACAUCAAUGAUGAUCAUUGCUGCAACUACGUUGAUUAUCCUUAUUGGUGCCAUUUUGCGUUCGGUGGUGUGUUUCCAAGCGCGUAUAAUGUACGAGCGUUCGGCCGUGGGAUCAGCUGCGAUGAUGUAUGUAUGGUGGGGAGGCCUUGAAAUCGUGGUUAACAUUUUGUACCUCGUCGGUAGAGUUGACUUGAGGUUCUACAGACCAGACAGAUUGCCCAAGCAUAUUCAACAUAUCAAUACUGCAGAACAAUCAUUAUAUCCAUCUGAAAUUGAAAGUACCGUGGAUAUUGAUGAACAUGGUAGGGUCAUUGAAUCUGGUAAUCACAGCAUAAAGGAAGAAGAUUAUGAUACCGAUAAGACUGACGAAUCAAGAAACAGCAGUGACACUGAUGAAUUUUACUUUUAUGAUGGACCAGCUGCGGGAGGUGAAGAUACAAGUUUCAGUAGUCCCGAAUCGCAAUAUGUACCAGAUAUAAAUGGGCAAAAGGGUUCUCGAGCAUCACAACUCGCGCGCAAAAAACCUCAACUUCCAUACCCUAAUAACGAAAAGUCAGAUGCAGAAUCUGAUUUCCAAUUCUAG